AUGAAUAUAUAUAACUUCGAAAACCAAUCAGAAUCAUACGAACCUUUUUUUCAAGAAUAUGAACCUUUUAUAUCUAUACCCGAUUUUAUUACUAAUGAAAGAAAUGAAUAUUAUAGUGAAGAUACUCCCGAUGAUUUUGUUGAUUCUUAUCAAGAAAUUUCAAAUGAUGCAACUAUACUUACUUGUAUAAAAAUCGCUUCUGAAGAUAUCAGUCUAGAUACAACUUUUCUUUCUUGGAAUGAAGUUGAAGACUUUUUUGAAGACUAUGGAUAUUGA